CUGCAGGGAGGAAGGAGGCGAGAUGGAUUGGGGAGGAGGGGGGAGGACAGUAGUCAGAGGUGGGUAGGGGAAAAUAGGGGGGGGCGGAAUUGUUAGAAACGAUGCUAAUUUGUCCUAGCUGGGUGGAAGAUGGCUGCUAAUUUGUCAUCCUCUUUAUGAUGAUAAAUUGCAACCUAUGCAUAUAUAUGCAUAUAUCUGGGCAUGCAUAUGAAAUUCUAAUUGAUGGGGGAGGGCGUGGGGGGGGGGGAGGAGGAGGAGGAAAGAGAGUCAGUCCCAUCAACGUGAAUAUGCGAAGCUAACGUGCUGUAACGGCCAUCGAUUCACAUUACAUGGUUCGGGUGCGGGCUGUGGUGAUGACCCGAGACGACUCAAGCGGGGGUUGGGUGCCCAUGGGCGGCGGCGGCCUGAGCCACGUCACCAUCUGCAAAGUCCGGCGCCCAGAGGAAGGGCGGCAUCGCCAGUACCUGAUCAGCGGGGAGCGCCUGCGGGACCAAACGACCAUCUUGGAGUGUGCUCUGAAGAGGGACCUCGUCUACAACAAGGUGAACCCCAUUUUCCACCACUGGAAAGUCGGAGACAACAAGUUUGGCCUCACUUUCCAGAGCCCUGCCGACGCCGUGGCCUUCGAGAGAGGGGUGCAAGCUGCCCUGGAGGAGAUUGCUGAAGGUUCCCUCUCGCCUUCCUCUACCUCCUCCUCUCAGGACGACGCCGACGGGACAGACGAAGCUCUUGCCGUCCACACGGACAGCGAGUCCUCGUCGAACAGCCGCAAGGAAAUGCUACCCAAACCCAUCACCAUUGUCACCAGUGAGUCUUCCUCCAGCUGCUACUUGCGGUCCCCGGUCUCUGAAGAGUUCUCCUUCAGCACGGCGCAGGGAGCAACGUCGAGCGGGCCGGUGCAACCCCAGACCUUGCAGCAGCUGAUGCUCCCCGACGAAGAGGAGCUGGAGAGCAUCACCCCUUGCAAAGAGCUCUGGGUAACCAAAGGCUACGAGGACUACCGCCGGGCAGUGGUUCAGAAGCGGCAGAUGGACCCGGACAAAAUCGACAUGUGCGUCCACUUCGAGAAGGGAGGCGGCGGCGGCGGCGGCAAGUCUCCGCGGGAGAAAGAGUACUGCUUGCCCCCCGGGGCCGAAGGACGGCUCAAGGACCCCAAGGCCUCUCCGUCCUGCCACAUCCACGGCGCCUCCUCGCCGCCGCGGCACAAGCCCCUGAAGGAGCAGCAGCAGCAGCAGGCACCCCCGGGCGCGCCGGGCGUGGAGGAGGACACGGUGCCCUCCCGCUGCGUCUACUGCCGGGACGUCUUUAACCACGAGGAGAACGGGCGCGGGCAGUGCCAGGAUGCCCCCGACCCCAUCGGCCGCUGCGUCUACCAGUUCACCUGCAUGUGGUGUGCGGAGAGCAUGCUCUACCACUGCAUGUCGGACUCCGAAGGAGAGUACUCGGACCCCUGCUCCUGCGACACCGGGCACCCACACUUCUGCAUCCGCUGGAUGGCCCUCGUCACCCUCUCCCUCGUCGUCCCCUGCAUGUGCUGCUACCUGCCCCUCCACGCCUGCCACACGUGCGGCGAGCACUGCGGCUGCUGCGGUGGCAGGCACAAAGCGGUGCGGUGAGGAAGCCCCCGGAGGGGUUCGGCGCAGGGCACAAGGGUUUUGGCCGCCGAGGCGGCAGGCAGCUUGCCGAUAAAGCCGGAGGUUUGCUUAACGGGCCUGCUCCUCCCCGAUUCCCUCUCCUUUCCCCUGCUCUUCUUAGGACACUUUAGGGGGGAAAGGGUGUGUGUGCGUUGUGUCCCCAGGCUGGCUGGCGGAAUCCCGUUUCGUUUGUGCCCUCUCUCUUUUUGGAAACCCUUUUUUUCCGCAGCGUGUGGCGUGGUAAGGAGGGAACGGCUGUGGGGAAAUGGAUGGCGACAUCUCGCCCGCCCGGUGGUUGGGUGCUGUUCUGCGGAAGGUAACUGGUUUGGUGGGACCUUAAAAAAACAACAACUCAUGGGGACUUAAGAAAAGAAAAGGAACUGCUUUAAAAUGGAAGAGAGAAGUGAAUGACGACACUGUAAGAAAAGGGACUGGUGUCUGCCUGCUGACUCUCAGACUGCCCCACAUUUUCGUAGAUGAGUGGUUCCUGCAGCGUCCUUUAAAUCAGCCCCGUGUUUGCAGAACUGCUACAGAUUUUGAGGUGGGAAGAAGCAGGCCUAGGCAGUUUUGAUUCCACCAAGCCAGAGGCAGCCCACCCCCUGCGUAUUUGGAGUGGGGGGCACUCCCAGCUGUUCAACAACAACACUCCCUUGACCCAUUUUCAUGUAGGGUUCCAUAAACGGCAGGCGAGGCUGGAUUUACCUUGGAGAGGGAUGUGUUUUGAGGGGAGCUGAACUUUCGUCUACUUCUUCACCACUGUCACCCCCAAAACCCACUCCCAAUCACUUAGUAUGAGGUAAACACACACACA